AUGACGUUGGGUCCUCAGCUGUUGAAUGCUGCGCUCAACGGUCGCAUCGACGACGUCCAGCACCUGCUCAAGGAAGGCGCUGACGUCCACUGGACCAACGAGAAUGGAGUGACGCCGCUGCUCGUUGCUGCAUUCAACGGACACGACAUCGUCGUCAAGACGCUCCUCGGCGCCAACGCAGCU